CCAAUGGGGCGCGCAGGGCCGGGGACUGGAGGUUCUUGCUCGCCAACUCGCAGUCCCGCCGGCUAAUGUGCGACCAGUCGAAAAAGAAUUGCCCCAAGGAGAAGAAGGAGGUGCCGAAAGGGGAUGGCAGCAACAAGUCUGAACCCAAGCAAGAAUCCAAUUCAGGUUCUCAGUCGAAUGCCCAGGACAAAUUUGUGAAGCUAUUCCAGGAAGUCAUUGGCCCUCUACUCCUUAUUGGCAUGAUGCUAUCAACCUUAUCUUUCGGUUCAUCGGAGCAUGAGAUAAGCUUCCAAGAAUUUAAGAACAAGUUGUUGGAACCUGGGUUAGUUGACCGCAUUGUUGUAAUAAACAAGUCAGUUGCAAAAGUUUAUGUCAGGAGUUCAUCCUUAACCAUGCAAAGCCAGGAUAGCGAUACAAGUAUUACUACCAGUCAUCUUCCAGGCAAAGAGUCUCGUAGCAGAUACAAGUAUUACUUUAACAUUGGAAGUGUUGAUUCUUUAGAAGAGAAGUUAGAAGAGGCCCAGAAAGCAUUAGGGAUAGAUCGACAUGAUUAUAUUCCAGUAAGUUAUGCUGAUGAAGCAAGUUGGUUCCAGGGAUGCCUGAAGUUUGCCCCGGCAGUUAUCAUUCUUGGAUUGUUGUAUGUGGUGGGAAGGAAGACUAAGAUUAGUAUUAGUGCUGGUCCUGGGAAUGAAGGCCGUAGUAUUUUCAAUAUUGGAAAAGUUGAACUGACAAAGAUGGAUAAAAAUUCCAAAAACAAGGUUUUCUUUAAGGAUGUAGCUGGCUGUGAUGAAGCCAAACAAGAAAUUAUGGAAUUUGUUCAUUUCCUGAAAAAUCCGAAGAAGUAUGAAGAAUUGGGAGCUAAAAUACCGAAGGGUGCUCUUCUUUGUGGGCCCCCUGGCACAGGAAAGACACUCCUUGCUAAAGCUACUGCUGGGGAGUCUGGCGUACCCUUCUUGUCAAUUUCUGGUUCAGACUUCCUGGAAAUGUUUGUUGGUGUUGGACCAUCCAGGGUGAGAAACUUAUUUCAACAAGCUAGGGAAUGUGCACCUAGUAUUGUAUUUAUUGAUGAAAUUGAUGCAAUUGGUCGUGCGAGAGGCCAGGGGGGGUUUGCCGGUGGACAUAGUGAGAGUGAAAGUACAUUGAACCAAUUGCUUGUAGAGAUGGAUGGGUUUGGAACAACAGAGGGAGUAGUCGUACUUGCUGGCACGAACAGACCUGACAUCCUGGAUAAGGCUUUGCUAAGACCUGGAAGAUUUGAUCGUCAGAUAAGUCUUGAUAAGCCGGACAUAAAUGGUCGUGAACAAAUAUUUCGCAUCUACCUUGCAAAGCUUAAACUGGAUAAUGAGCCAUCAUUUUAUUCCCAAAGAUUAGCUGCUUUGACACCUGGAUUUGCUGGAGCAGAUAUUGCCAAUGUUUGUAACGAGGCUGCUUUGAUUACCGCACGAGGUGAUGAGAAGCUGACUACAAUGCUGCAUUUUGAAUCUGCAAUUGAUAGGGUAAUUGGGGGCUUGGAGAAGAAAAAUAAGGUCAUAAGCAAACUGGAGCGUCGAACUGUUGCUUACCAUGAAUCUGGCCAUGCUGUUGCUGGAUGGUUUUUGGAGCAUGCAGAGCCACUGCUUAAAGUUACAAUUGUACCGCGUGGAACGGCUGCUUUAGGCUUUGCUCAGUACGUGCCAAGUGAAAAUCUAUUGAUGACAAAAGAACAGCUGUUUGACAUGACAUGCAUGACCCUAGGUGGCAGAGCCGCCGAGGAGGUUUUGAUUGGGAAGAUCUCGACUGGUGCUCAGAAUGAUCUGGAGAAAGUUACUAGAAUGACUUACGCGCAGGUUGCAGUAUAUGGCUUCAGUGAAAAGGUUGGGCUUCUUUCUUUCCCUCAAAGGGAUGAUGGGUUUCAAAAGCCAUUUAGCGGCGAGACAGCAUCUAUCAUUGACACUGAGGUGAGGGAAUGGGUUGCCAAGGCCUACAAGAACACAGUUGAGCUGAUAAAGAAGCACAAAGACAAAGUUGCCCAAAUUGCAGAGCUGUUGCUUGAGAAGGAGGUCCUCCACCAGGAGGAUCUAGUCCGGGUUCUGGGGGAACGCCCAUUUAAGACAGUUGAGCCAACAAAUUAUGAUCGCUUCAAACAAGGUUUCAUUGAUUCAGAUAACAUCAAGAGUGCUGAAGUCGACCCAUCAUCACCCGCUGGCGAGGCUGUUCCAACAUAACUUGGGCAAGACCAUAGCUGCGUUGCACAUACAGAUUCAGCUCUUUCCUUGGCAUGGCAAGCUGCUCUUUCCUUGGCAUGGCAUGAAUUGUCUUGGUCAAGGUCGUAGCACCUCUUUUUAUGCUAACUGAAACAUCACCGACUCUCCUUAGGUGACCCUGUUGUCAUGAUCCUUUUGCUACCUCUCCCUGCAAUUGGCACCACGAAAUGCCAUGAGAUUUCCUUGGAUCUUGUUGCUGGGUACUGACUAUGAAACUCUGGUGUUUCAGUGGCACCAUGAGCCAGCCAGAGGGCUUUUUUGUUUACCUUGGUAGUUUCGCAUCUUACAUGACGAUGACAUUUUGUUCGAGAAAUGAAUCAUGUAUUACUACUACCUAGUGUUUCUGUACUGCAAUGAAAGGAUGCACCUGUCUGCGUGAGAAUAUGUGAUCGUUCACAUAUUGCACGACUCUUGCAAAGAUGACGCUGAUUCAUUACCAGAAGAGUUCCUGGAGGAAAGCGCCAGAUGCAGCCAUAGGCCUUAUUGUUUACUUGGUAGUUUCACAUCUUACAUGGCAAUGACAUUUUGUUCAAGAAAUGAAUCAAGUAGUACCAACUA